AUGGUCACCGUAGCCAACAAGAGUGCAGCCCCUCUCACCUUUAAGCUGAGGGUCACGUCCACCGUGCCAGAGUUGCAGGAAGCUGGGGUUCUGUGCUUGAAGCCCAGCAAGGAUCUAAAGCUGAAGGGCAGAGGAGACACCUGCAAAGUGGAGGUGACCUUCUCCCCGAAGCGCCGCAUGCAGCCGUUCAGCGGGGAAGUGCUGCUGGAGUGCCGCGGGCUGGUGCGCUCCCUCUGUGUGGUGCGGGGCUCCUGCCAGGGCAGCCUCGUGAGCCUGGACCAGGACCAGCUCAGCUUUGGAGCCGUGGUGCAGCAGAGCUACACGUGCCGGCGCGUCGUCAUGCGGAACGCGGGCGACACGAGAGUCAGGUUUAUGUGGGACGUGGAGAGCUUCAAGCCAGACUUUUCCAUCAGCCCCACAAAGGGUUACAUCAGCCCAGGGAUGGAUGUGCCCUUGGUUGUGACCUUCCGCCCCUCGAAGCUGAGCCAGGCUGUCCAGUACGAGGGGCUGCGGUGCUUCAUCCAGGGCAGUGAGGCGCUGCGGCUUACGCUGGCAGGAUCCUGCGUGGAGGCCCCUGGCCCCAAAGAGCUGAAAGCCACCUGGAGCAGGCCAGAGAAGCCCGUGUAUUUCCGCACCAGGCUGGGCUCCCGUCAGACCAUCACCACCAAAAUACGGCAUUUUGCCCAGCAGAAGACCGAGUACCUCGUACAGACCGACUGUGCCGACUUCCAGACGGCAAAAUCCAUCAGUGCGGCACCCGCCAGUGCUGGGGGCUCGGACCUGAGCGUGGAAGUGACCUUUGAGCCCUGCCACCUGGGCGAAGCCAAGGCCACGCUGCAGCUCAGCUCUGCAUUGGUGGGCAUGAAGCACCCGGGCUUCACCGUCAGGGCCCCCGAGGUGCUGCGCGCCAAGAGCAGCACCACCAUCACCGUCUCCUUCGCGGGCGGCCCGGCUCCUGUCACCAGCAGGCUGGUGGUCUCCUGCCCUGGGGCUCCUGGAUCUACCACCUCCGGGGCCUGCCCUCCCCCCGCAA